UUUCGGUGACGGUGAGGUCCGGACAGCCUCAUAUACAUGCUUAGUCAUACAAAGGGGAGCAGUUUCAGAAUGUUCAGAUCCAAAAUUCAGAAUUUCUUUCUCGCAGAAAAAAAAAUUCAUGUUUCCUUCCCACCAGAAAAGAGGGGGGGGGGGGUGCGACUUGUUAUUUGUAACAGUGUGCUACUUCACUCUGUUAAUUUUCCCUGGUCAACCUGCACCUUUUCCACGGUCAGUUCAUCCUACAAUCUUUCAGUGAACUGAUUAACUGAACCGGUCCCUGCAAAUAGAGCAGCACCACCUUGCAAAGUGGUUUCCAGUCCAUGUCCACAUACUGUCAUCUCCUCUUCCAGAAUUCAGUAUAUUGGUUAGCUUCCAAGCAAUCCAACCAUAAAUACCCAUCCAUGUUCUCCCAUCCCUUGCCCAAACUGCAACUCCUACACACUCAAAGUGAGAACCAUAUCUAUAUGUUUAUAUAUACAUAUAUAUAAUAUCUAGUCGCAUCUCGUCUCUUGCACACACUACGAGUCAGAUCCGUUUAUCCUGCUGCUUUGCCUAGUAUCAACCCCAAUGGUCCACGCAUCCACUCCAUUACUGUAUAAAAUUUUCCUCUGAGUCAACUAGUCCUCUCUAUCUCUCUCUAGCUCACGCCUCCUGUGAGAAGUGAGACCAUCUCGCGUUUGACCUUGCCCGGCAGCAGCCCAAGGGUACGGAGCACACACAGAGGGCAUGAGGUUUCGCAGAGGCAAGAGCUCCAGCAAGGCCAAGAAGGGCUCCGCUGCGGCUGCUCCGUGGCAGAAUGGAGAGAGGAAGGUCGUCGUUGAUGGAGCAGGAGCUGGCUCCAACAGCAGGCAGGUGGCGCCGGACACCGGCUUCGGAGAUGUCGACGACGGUAGCAGCAGAGACGAAACAUUCUUUGAAGCCACCCCCUGGCUGGAAUCGGACUGCGAGGAUGAUUUCUACAGCGUCAAUGGAGAUCUGACCCCUGCAAGAUCGCUCGCGUCGCAAACCAGCCGGGUCGCGCCGUGUGCGGCCACUACCAAGGACCUGCCGACGCUGGGGGCGAUCCUGAAGGCGGAGCCGCUGAGGCCGCCGCCCGCCCAGCAGACGAGGAAUCUCGGCGACCUGCUGCGGGAGCCGCAGGACGACGACGGCCUCUCCAGGACCGACUCGCUGCGCCUCGCCGAGGAGGCCAGCCGGUGCUGCGUGCCGCAGUUCGCGCGGGCCAUCAGCUGCGACGGGAGGAGGAGGAGGUAUAGGUGAUCCAAGUGGCGGCCAUGGUGAUGGUGAUGGAUUGGUGGAGGAUGGCAAUGGCGUGGCACUGGCAGAGCCUGGGUUUGCUGAACUGAAGCAGAGUUUCUGGAAUCUUGGGAAGUUGGGAGUUGGGGGUUCACUCUGUUCUAGCCUCAUGGUCUCAUGGAGCAGGUACAAGAAGAAAAACCGACAUCCGAAAUGUGUAUAUAAAUGGAGCUGUGUGUUGUCGGUUAAAAUUGGCACCAACCGGUCUGACCAAUCGAGGCACUGUGGCCUAUCCAGAAGGGACCGACCGGUCUGACCGGUCCAGGUAGAGUCCGAGUACAACUAGAGUUUUUUCAUAGAUUUAGAUCUGUAAACAGAAUUUCUUACAGGAUAAGUCCACCCCACCCUAUAAAUAUAAAGGGUCACGGCCGAUUAGACAACCCAAUCGAACCAAUCAAAUACAUUUAUCUUUUAUCGUCUUUA